CCCAAGUGCUUCCUGGUUUGUUUCAGCUUCAGUAGGAAACGACUAAUAACCAUUUGUGGAAAUAAAAUAGUGCUACCCAAGCAGAGUUUUCACCAUGCAUUCUCCAUUUAAUAUCAAAAAUCAGUGGGCACUUUUAUUCUACAUUGCAAACCAAAUUAUUGAAACGUUUGGUGAGUGUGGACCUCCUCCAGCACUGCUUCACACAGUCCCUAUCGAUGGCAAAUCAUUCCCUGUCGAUGAGUCUGUGGUGUAUUCUUGCAAUAAGACAGCUGGUUACUAUGAAAUCCCUGGAAGAAGCAGAACUAUAACCUGCCAAGAUGACUUCACAUGGUCAACUGUCCCUGAAUUUUGUAUACGUGCUUGUGAUUCCCCCCCAAGACUGGAUUUUGCACAGCUUGGGCAAGAGGAUAUUAACAAGAACAUCUAUCUCAAUGGUACUACCGUAAAGUAUGACUGUCGGCCUGGCUAUAAAAGAAUCCCUGGUACUGACAGGACUAUUAGUUGCUUGGAUAACUUUACAUGGACAGCUCCUCAAUCUUUCUGUCAAAGGAGAUCCUGUGGGCAUCCUGGAGAAAUAGAUAAUGGAGAAUUUGAACCAACAGACUCAGAAUUUCUCUUUGGCUCUACAGUGACAUAUAAAUGCAAUGAAGGAUACAGGAUGAUCUCGAAACAGCUUUCCAAGACUUGCAAGUCAGACGGAAAAUGGAGUAUUUCCUUUCCUCAAUGUGAAGUAAUGGUCUGUACUGCCCCUGGUGACAUAAAUGAUGGGUUUUACAAACCUCAGAAGGAGGAAUACCACUACCAAGAAGCUGUGACAUAUGGCUGUAAUAAUAAUUUUGCACUUAUUGGUAAUCGUUCUGCAUACUGCACUAGUGAUGGAACCUGGAGUUCUCAAGCACCUGUUUGCAAAGAUGUUAAGUGUCCUGAGCCAAAUGUUCCAAAUGCAAGGAAAAGUUCAGGAUUUCUAGGUCCAUACUUACUCAGGUCUGCUGUGUCUUUUAAAUGCGAUGAAGGCUUCAUGAUGAAUGGAUCCGACAUUAUAAAAUGCAAUGUUGAAAAUCAGUGGGAUCCAUUGCCCGAAUGUCUGAGAUUCUGUACCUUACCAUCACUCGAGUAUGCAAAACUGAGAGAAAAAUACUCAAAUAGGAAAGGUUUCUUUGCGGGAACCACUUUGGAAUAUGAUUGUCUGCCUGGCCACAGACUCAGGCUAAAUACUGAACCAACAAUAAAAUGUCUGGACACCUUCCAGUGGUCUUCCAUGAAAACAUCAUGUGAACAAAUUGUUUGUGAACAUCCUCAAGAUUUCAGUAAAGGAAGGAUUAAUACACAAGGUCCAUACAAAUAUCAGACUAGAGUUACCGUUAUCUGUGAUGAAGGAUACACAACAAAAACAAAUCACCUAGAGUGUCAAAUUGAUGGAACAUGGAGUAAUUAUCCUCCUGUAUGUGAAGAAAUUGUGUGUAAACAUCCUGGAGAAUUCAGUAAUGGAAAGAUUGAUACACAAGGCCCAUACAAAUAUAACACUAAAGUUACAUUUAUCUGUAAUGAAGGAUACACCGCAAAAACAAGUCACCUAGAGUGUAAAAUUGAUGGAACAUGGAGUAAUUAUCCCCCUGUAUGUGAAGCACAUCGUAUGAGCACCUGGCUUAUUGUUGGAAUUAUUGUCAUUGUAAUCGUCAUUGUGUUCAUCAUCGCAAUAUGCCUGUAUUGCUAUAAUAAGAAACAAUCAGGGAAACAAAAGGCUGAAAUGCACAAUGUUCAAUAUACAGCUUGCACUGCGUAAUCCCACCAGAAUCACUGAAGUUAUGUAUUUUCUGCAUCACUUAAUUUCCAUUUCCAUCUUUACUCUGUGCUGGGACCAGAUAUUUUGCUUGACAUAAGGGGAACUUUAAACCACCUUGCUUGUGUGGAUACUAUAAAACUUUUUUCUACUUUUGACCAGUAAGUUGCCUUUAAACACCAUGAGAUACUUUGAGAAAAGAGUCAGUACUCAUUGUGGUAUUUUCUGGUUAAUGGUUAUGGUAAAUUCCACAAGUAGCCCUCAGGAGACAUCUGUUAUCCAAAGACAUGCACUAAAGACAGUACCAGGCAUUUUGAUGACCUAAACCGUACGCCUGUCUGCAUAUUUAUUAAAAUAGAUUAAUAUUUGAAAUCAACAUGUUAGACAAAAGGAUACAUUGCACUGUUAAAGCUUGUGUAAAAAAUUGCAUGGUUAAAAUGGGGGUUAAUUAUGUAAUGGCAGUAUCUCUAUAAAGUGAUACUCUAGCUACACCUCUUCAGUAAUUAAUUAUAGAUGUUUUAUUCUUUUUAUUUAAAAACUCAGGAAGGGCUAUAGUUUCUGUUUGAAGCUUUUCACUAGUUCACCUAAAACAUUAAACAAAGUAUAGAACUCUUAGCCAGGUGACCACUACAUGUCAUGUGAUUUAAAUUCUGAGUGAGGGAGGAAAAGAUCAAUGUCGAUACUCACCCAACCAUUUCUAUCAGAAGAGUGGGUAGCCUCCCAACAGAUUCAGAAUGUUGUCUGCCUAGGUAAAUGUAUACCUUCAAAAAAAUAUAUCUAUGGUGUAACAACAAAACUAAUAACACAUCUAUGAAUUAUUAUUAAAGAGGAAUAGGCUGUUCUUGUAUGUGUGCAGGGACAUAACAUGUGAAAAAGCAGACCUUGCUUCUUUGGGGCCCAGUCUAGAGUGCCCAGUGCCUCUGACUAGUGAACUCUUACAAUAUAUGUCUAAAUAUAUACAUCAGCUUUAGCAAAGAUAGUAUGCAGUCUUUAAAAUCUUAAGGUUUUUAAGGUUUGAUUUUUCCAGUUGGAUCAAGGACCGCAUCUGUGGGUUGACACAGUCCUUGAUCCAAUGGCCUGUAUGGCCAUCGAUCAGAUCAGCCCGAUAUAGCCCAACUCAAGGUGGGCAUAUCGGCGAAAGAUAUUGUUUGGCGACCUUGCCAAAUGAGCGGAUCUUCGUGCGUGUGGCCAGUUUAGCCAAUAUGAAAAUAUGACCACUAUGUGACCACUAUUCGCAAUUGAAAUUUGCAGUGCAAUUACUGGUUGAUAAAGAAUAUUACAUUGGCAAAUUGUUAUUUAUGUAAGUUUUUUCCCCUAUUUACCAGUAUUAUUGCAGGUCUUAAUGGCUUAAUUUAAAAACAUGUUGCAAAUUUGCCAUUUUCAGUAACCUAUAAAAUGUUUAGAAUUCACCUGUCACCUUUUUAAAAAGAAACAUCUGAGUGGUUUCUAUGGGUUGUAAAAGCCAUGGUGCUCCCAAAAUGGGGUUACAAGAGGCAUGUAAAUCAUUUUUCUAUUUGCACAUGGCUGAAUAUGGAAUGCUUUUGGGCCCUCUUCUCAUACAGAGUCACAAAUGUUAUGUGUAAUACAGAUAUAUGACCCGUUAUCCAGAAUACUAGAGUAUUCUGGAUAAUUAGUCUUUCCAUAAUUUGAAUCUCCAUACUAUAAGUCUACUAAAAAUCAAUAAAACAUGAAUUAAACCCACUAGGGUUGUUUUGUAUACUUUCAGAGUUAAUCAUAUCUUAGCUGGCAUCAAACACAAGGUACUGUUUUAUUAUUACAGAAAAAAAAAUCUUAAUUAUUUGAUUAAAAUUUAAUCUAUGGGAGGCGGCAUUUCUGUAAUUCGGAGCUUUUUGGAUAAUGGGUUUCGGGAUAAUGGAUACCAUACCUGUAGUGCCAAAUUAGCUAUGUGCCACUGCACUGAAGUAAGAGCAAAUCCAAUAAGACCUAGAACAUAUUCCCAACAUGUUACUUGGUAGCUUUGGAAAGGUCAGCUGUGACUCUUUCUGCCCCAGUGAUAGUAUUCAUGUAAAGUUCCACUCCAAAGAGUUUCUCCCCUGCUUCAAAAUUCAUUGCUUGCAGCCAUGCUACUAUGAAGCUCUCUGGUGAGUUAUUGUUUUAUAUGUUAUUGCUGUGGAGUUGGCUACUCUGAUACACUUGUAUGUACUAUGGCUGAAAAUACACUGGACUUUGUAGUAUGAUAAAACACCUGCAAGUACUAAGCAUAGUAUAAAUCUGUCAUGUGCAACAUAUUAUUCCCAAACCAAGGGUAAUAAUAGAAUUUGCAUGUUCUCGGAGAUUAGCCAUGACUUAUCAUACACCUGCCAAUAGUUUUUUUUUUUUUUUGCAAAGGCUGUUUAGAAUAAUACCAACCCAUUCUGCAAGCAGUCUGUCUUUUUUUCUUGUAAUUAGCAUGACAUUGGCUGAGGUAUAAAGUCCAAGGAAAGGUACCAUCCUAUUAUGUCUCAGAGCUGAACUUCACUGGAGAUUUUGUUGGAUCCACAGAUUGCAUCCUAAAAGUCAGAUGUAGUCGCAUAGGACAAAUUAUAAUGGGACUGAUUUGCUCCUUCCCCUAUAGUUGCAGUCUGCACUGCUCACUCAUUCUAGUCUUCCAUUCUGAAUGGCUCUAUUCUUUUAGUAAUGAACUGAGAUCAUAUAGCUAGAUUCAUCAGGUAUAAUUUUUAAGGAGAGGAGCUAAUAUAUUUUCAGUGUAUAUGUAAAUUUGUUUUCUAAUUUUGACUGUGGAACACAAAAUGAAAGCUUUAUCGGUAUAGAAAUAGAAUUUUUUAAAUAUUAUAAAUAUAUAAAUAAAUAGUCAUCUUUUUAUUCUAUAAAGGGUGUAGAUGAAGUAAAUGUAAAUAAGUGCCUACAGAAUGCUGUCCUGCCUUCUUUAACUGUCCCUUCUCUUUCUGCAAGAAGCCAUAAUGAGAUUGAUCUUCUCAUGUACAGAUCACAAAAUGAGAUCAGUUUGAAAAUUGAAUGCAUUGAAGUCAAUGGACAUUUUUUAGUUGCAAAUUUUUCUGAGCAAAAUACAUUGGAGUCUAUGGACAUUUUUUUCACUGUAAUUUUUUCCACUGCACCCUUUUUUGCAGUGACUUCUUUCACACAGAACACAGAGUCUAUGGGCAAUGUAUUUUGCAGUGGCUUUUAUUUGAAUAAAAUAUAUUUGGGUCUAUGAGCAUUUUGUUACUGUGGUUUUUUUUGCGGUGAAAUUUGGCCAUACCUGCUGAAAAAUUUGUAUAUUCAUUGCAGUUUGGCUCAUUUGCCUUUAGAUUGCAAGUAUGGCCCUCUAAACCUAUUUUUUACUUGUGUGUGAGAAUAUUGUAAGACCCUUUUUACAAAUUCAUGUUAAGUAUGGUGUAAAUUUCUAGCACUAUAUAAAUAAAUGAUGAUAAUUGGCUUGUGGGGUAACAAUUGCACAAUUGUAUGAAAAAGUGUUUAUGUGUGUUGCACUAGCUUGAGGGCCCCUACAAGCUGAAUGUAUAUUUAUUGAAAUGUAUGCUUGGCCACAUUUAAAUCAAGAAAUAUUGUGUUUGUGUUUUUAAUGUUAAUAAUAAUUAUUAGAAUUCUUUAUAUAACUUAAUUGAAUAUAUACCAUUCACAUGGCUCCCUGCCUCAGUAGAGCUUACAGUCAAAGUUCCCUUUUACAUUCUCUAAACUGUGGUCAAUUUUAUGUGGAAUCUAUUAACCUAUCUAUACUGUAUGUUUUUGCAGUGUGGAAGGAACUGGAGUACCUGGGGGAACAUACAAACUACUUAGAGGCCAGCCUGGCCACUAUCUGAAAGAAGUUUGUAUGUUCCCCCAGGAACACUCCACACACUCCAAAAACAUAUAGGCAGGUUAAAUUGAAUUUAACUGAAUGCAAUUUAAGUGCAUGAUGCUGCAUUUGCAAAAAUGCAGUUGGACUCCACUGCUCUUUAGAGCAGUUUGUGGAAUGUUUGUGGCGGACUAAAAUGGAACCAGUUUGCUUAUGCACGUAAGUGCACUCAAACCUGUAUCUCAUAUUGCCUUUUUUUUUGUGCUGUUUGCCCUUUUUUUGCCUGAACACCUAACAAGGUAUUCAAUGUAAAAGAAGAUUUAGAUCAAUAAAGCAAAGAUUGUUAGUUAACCAAAUGAUUUAUUAUCUCACAAAAUGAAAUAAAUGCUUACCUGUA